CACAAGACCGAUUCGCUUUUCACUCUCGUUCAAAGUCGACUCAGUUCCCGGCGAGUUCGACUCGGAGAUAAAAAAAAACAGAAGCGAGAGAUGGCGAGCGAGCUGAUAAACCGGCGACACGAGGCGGACCAACCAGCAUCGGAUGCGUACUACCCGAAACCGAUCAAACCGUGGUUCUCCGUGGCACGUCCGAUGCGUUACAUGCUCCGCGAACAGAGGCUCCUCUUCGUCCUCGUCGGCAUUGCGAUCGCGACGGUCGUUUUCACAAUCUUCCCACGCUCCACACAAUCCUCCCCUUACUCGGAUCCCUUCUCCGGCUACGGAAUGAGAUCCGAGGAGGAGUCGCACGUUCCGGGCCUCCCGGCCUUCCAGGCCCAGAGGAAGCCCAGCCUCGAGUACCUGAACCGGAUGGGAGCAACCGGCGGGAAAAUCCCGCUGGGGCUGAAACGCAAAGGGCUGAGAGUGGUGGUAACCGGUGGUGCCGGUUUCGUGGGAUCGCAUCUGGUGGAUCGGUUGAUGGCGAGGGGAGACACGGUGAUCGUCGUUGACAAUUUCUUCACGGGGCGUAAAGAGAACGUGAUGCAUCACUUCGGUAACCCUAACUUUGAACUCAUACGACACGACGUCGUCGAGCCGAUUCUCCUAGAGGUUGAUCAGAUCUAUCAUUUGGCGUGCCCUGCCUCACCUGUUCAUUACAAGUUCAACCCCGUCAAGACUAUCAAGACCAAUGUGGUCGGAACGUUGAACAUGCUUGGUUUGGCGAAGAGAGUCGGUGCUAGGUUUCUUCUGACGAGUACCAGUGAGGUUUACGGUGAUCCUCUACAGCAUCCUCAGGUUGAAACUUACUGGGGCAACGUUAAUCCCAUCGGUGUCCGUAGUUGCUACGACGAAGGAAAGCGUACGGCAGAGACGCUUGCCAUGGACUAUCACCGUGGAGCCAACGUUGAGGUCAGGAUUGCUAGGAUCUUCAACACCUAUGGUCCAAGAAUGUGUAUUGAUGAUGGACGUGUUGUCAGCAACUUCGUUGCGCAGGCACUAAGGAAAGAACCUUUGACUGUUUAUGGUGAUGGGAAGCAGACACGAAGUUUCCAGUUUGUUUCUGACCUGGUCGAAGGUCUGAUGAGAUUGAUGGAAGGAGAACAUGUCGGGCCAUUUAACCUGGGUAACCCUGGUGAAUUCACCAUGCUCGAGCUCGCUAAGGUGGUUCAAGAGACGAUUGAUCCAAACGCAAACAUAGAGUUCAGACCAAACACAGAAGAUGACCCUCACAAGAGAAAGCCUGACAUCACAAAGGCCAAAGAGCUUUUAGGUUGGGAACCAAAGGUGUCUCUUCGUCAGGGACUCCCUCUCAUGGUCAAAGACUUCCGUCAACGUGUAUUUGGUGACCAGAAGGAAGGCUCCUCCAUGGCUACAACCAUCACCAAAACAACCUCAGCUUGAGCACACGCAGAUGCAAGUAGCAGCAGCCAUUGCGAGUUGGACUGCUUGCAGCUACGAUUUGGAGGGAAGAGAGCUUUUUUACUUAAAUUUUAUUUUGUUUUUGAGUUUUCUAUUAUGAUAUUAUAUUCGUGUAACGUAGAGUUUGGUACCUUUACUACUUAUUCAUGGACCUCACUACAGUUUAAGAAAACCCCUUUUGUGUUUUGCAAUUACAAAGAUUAGUGGUAUCUACUUAUAAUCAUA